GGUGAUUUGUCCAAUCAGAGAGAGCGGGAGGAGGGCUCUGUGAUCCGCUCCAACGGUUCGGCUCUGAAACGAGACGGUUACGUCAGCCAAUCAGGGUUCAGCCCGGACCCCAGGGACACGCCCAAACAUGCCAUCCGUUUGGGGGAAGGGCCUAGAUGGAACCCCAUCAGCCCAUUGGCCAACUACGCCACCAGUCACAUGACAGCUCUGGCCUCCCAACACGGACACACGCGAUCACAACACGCACACACUCAGCCCUCGCACAACCAGCACGGACUCAACAGACCCCCGUCCGACCCCCACGCACCCCAACGCGGACACACACGUUCCCCGCACCCCCUGCCCCAACCCCAGAGGGGAGAGGAUGGGCAGAGGCGCUACGUGGACGCCUCGGCCCUGUACCGCCCUGGGGGAAGAAGGGGAAGCAGCGGGGGAGGAGGGGCAGAGUCUGAGGGGGGAGGAGGAGGAGGAGGAGAGGUGUCGGCCAUGCAGAGUCUAAUCAAAUACAGCGGGACCUUCCCGCCUGAAGGCCAGGGGUCCUCCAGGCAGGACACGGACAACCACGCAGCCUUCGGAGGGCUGGGGUUCAUGAGGCUGGAGGAGGGGGGAGGAGGGGGGAGGCCGAUGAAGAGGGAGCAGGAGCGUCCCGACAGCACCCGGUCGUUCGGACGUGGCGAGGUGGCGGGGGCGGGCGAGGGCGGGGGAGAGGUGCGUCACCCCCCUGUGGGGAUAGCCGUGGCGGUGGCGAGACAGAGGGACAGCAGCGGUACAGACUCACGGACACAGAGACCUCUGCUACUGCACGGAGGGGUCAAAGGUAAGCGGGGGUUUGGAGGGUCAUCUUGGACAGGGGGACAUUGGGGUGUAUAUGGGGGGGGGGAGGGGAAAGGGGGUAUGGUGUUUUAUGGGUUUUGAGGUUUUAGAGGGUCAUUCCUGCUGGACGACUGGUUUGAAUAUGGGGUGAUUGGGGGAUGGUUGGGGGGGUAUUGGGAGGGUAUAUGGGGGGUUUGGGGGGGUAUUGGGGGGGUAUAGGGUUGGGGGGGGUAUUGGGAUAGGGGGGUAUUGGGGGUAUGGGGUUGGGGGGGUAUAUGGGGGGUAUUGGGAGUGGGUGGAGGUAUGGGGGGGUGGAUUUGGGGGGGUGGGGGGUAUUGGGGGGUAUUGGGAGGGUAUUGGGUGGGGGGUAGGGGGGUUGGGAGGGGUAUUGGGGGGUAUGGGAGGUAUUGGGGAGGGUAUUGGGAGGGUAUAUGGGGGGGUAUUUGGGGGGGUAUAUGGGGGGUAUUGGGAGGGUAUUUGGGGGGUAUUGGGAGGGUAUAUGGGGGGGUGUAUUGGGAGGGUAUUUGGGGAGGGUAUAUGGGGGGGGUAUGGGGAGGGUGUUUGGGGGGUAUUUGGGGGGGUAUAUGGGGGUUGUAUUGGGAGGGUGUUUGGGGGGGUAUUGGGAGGGUAUUUGGGGGGUAUUGGGAGGGUAUAUGGGGGUAUUUGGGGGGGUAUUGGGAGGGUAUAUGGGGGUAUUUGGGAGGGUAUAUGGGGGGGUAUGGGGAGGGUGUUUGGGGGGUAUUGGGAGGGUAUUUGGGGGGGUAUUGGGAGGGUAUAUGGGGGGGUAUUGGGAGGGUAUAUGGGGGUAUUUGGGGGGGUAUAUGGGGGGUAUGGGGAGGGUGUUUGGGGGGGUAUAUGGGGGGUAUUUGGGGGUGUAUUGGGAGGGUAUUUGGGGGGGUAUUUGGGAGGGUAUAUGGGGGGUAUAUGGGGGGGUAUUGGGAAAACCCAGUAUAAGUUGAAGGAUAUGUCAUCACCAUCAUUAAUGAAGCUAUUUCAAGGCCAACAUUAAGAAGCCACAAAAGAUGAAAACUGAGUUUUGUUAUACUGAACAACAAUAUAAACGCAACAUGUAACGUGUUGGUCCCAUGUUUCAUGAGCUGAAAUGAAACAUCCCUGACAUUAUCCAUAGGCACUAAAAUCUUAUUUCUCUCCAAUUUGGUGCACAAAUUUGUUUACAUCCUUGUUGGUGAGCAUGUCUCCUUUGCCAAGAUAAUCCAGGUGUGGCAUAUCAAGAAGCUGAUUAAACCGCAUGAUCAUUACACAGGUGCACCUUGUGCUGGGGACAAUAAAAGGCCACUCUUAAAAUGUGUAGUUUUGUCACCCGACAUAAUUCCACAGAUGUCUCAAGUUUUGAGGGAGCGUGCAAUUGGCAUGCUGACUGCAGGAAUUUGUCAGUACGUCCAACCGGCCUCACAACCGCAGACCACGUGUAUGGCGUUGUGUGGGCGAGCGGUUUGCUGAUGUCAACGUUGUGAACAGAGUGCCCCAUGGUGGCGGUGGGGUUAUGGUACGGGCAGACAUAAGCUAUGGACAACGAACACAAUUGCAUUUUAUCGAUGGCAAUUUGAAUGCACAGAGAUACCGUGAUGAGAUCCUGAGGCCCAUUGUCAUGCCAUUCAUCCACCAUCAUCACCUCAUGUUUCAGCAUGAUAAUGAACGGUCCCAUGUCGCAAGGAUCUGUACACAAUUCCUGGAAGCUGAAAAUGUCCCAGUUCUUCCAUGGCCUGCAUACUCACCAGACAUGUCACCCAUUGAGCAUGUUUGGGAUGCUCUGGAUCAACGUGUACGACAGCGUGUUCCAGUUCCCGCAAAUAUCCAGCAACAACGCACAGUCAUUGAAGAGGAGUGGGCCAACAUUCCACAGCCUGAUCAACUCUAUGUGAAGGAGAUGUGUCGCGCUGCGUGAGGCAAAUAGUGGGCACACCAGAUACUGACUGGUUUUCUGAUCCCCGCCCCUACAUUUUUUUUUUUAAGGUAUCUCUGACCAACAGAUGCAUAUCUGUAUUCCCAGUCAUGUGAAAUCCAUUGAUUAGGGCCUAAUGAAUGUAUUUCAAUUGACUGAUUUCCUUCUAUGAACUGUAACUCAGUAAAAUCUUUGAAAUUGUUGCAUGUUGCGUUUUCUGUUUAGUUCAGUAUAUUUUGAUAUACUACUGUUGUUGUAGCAGUGCAUUAUGGAUCACCACGUUCUAUCCUGUCGUCCAAACAGACGAAGAGCGGGGGGGAGAACGAGGCCGUCACCAUGGCGAUAGACUGGGCUGCCUUGAGCGUGAGCAGGAGAAGUUGCUCAGGUAAGGGGGCGUGACCAACAGCCUUUACCUGGGAAGGCUGCCCGUAAAAAGUAGCGCUGGAUAUUAUUUUAUUUGGAACCUGCAAUGUUAGGGAAAAUAUGACAUGGAUGUUUUUAAAAAGAACCUGCAAAAUGUUUAGGAAAAAUUUGGGCUACUGGAUUUUUAUUCAUAAACCUUUCAAACCCGUUAGGAAAAAUAUUAAUACGGGUGUUUUUCAUAGAACCUGAACCGGUUUGGAAAAAUUGGGUACGGGUAUUUUUUCAUAGAACCUGCAACCUGUUAGGAAACUAUUGACUACUGGAAUUAUAUGAAACCGCAACUGUUAGGAAACCCUUUUCUAAAGGGGUAAUUUCAUAGAACCCGGGAACCUUUAGGAAAAAAUAUUUAACUGGAUAAAUUAAAACCCGCAACUGUUUGGAAAAAUAUUGAAUACGGAUUAAUAUUCUAGGGAAACCCGCAAAAAAGGGUUUGAAACUAUUUACUACUGGAUAAUAUUUUAUAGAAACCGCAACCUGUUAGGAAAAUAUUGACACGGAUAAAAUUCAAAGAAAAACCCGCAAACCGGGUUUGGAAAUUUUUGAACGGGAAUAUUAUAGAAAAAAUGCAAAACCGGUUUGGAAACUAUUGGACUAAUGGAUAAUAUUCAUUUGAAACCCGGGAACCCGUUAGGAAACUUGGGUACGGAUAAUAUUCAUAGAAAAAGGAAAAAUGUUAGGAAAACUAUUGUAUGGGGUUUUUUCAUAGAACCCGCAACCCCCGUUAGGAAAAAAUUGACUAGGGGUUUUUAUUCAAGAACCUGCAAAACCCGUUUGGAAACUAUUGACUACUGGAUAAUUUCUGAACCUGAACCUGUUUGGAAAAAAUUUGACUAGUUUGGAUAAUAUUUUAGAACUGCAACCUGUUAGGAAACUAUUGACUACUGGAUAAUAUUCAUAGAACCUGCAACCUUAGGAAAAUUGACUACUGGAUAAUUUAUAGAACCUGAACCUGUAGGAAACUAUGACUAUGGAAAUAUUCAUAGAAACCUGCAAAUUAGGAAACAUUGACUUGGAUAAAUAUUCAUAGAACCUGCAACCUGUUGGGAAACUAUUGACUACUGGAUAUUAUUCAUAGAACCUGCAACCUUAGGGAAACUAUUGACUACUGGAUAAUAUUUAGAACCCAACCCGUUAGGAAAAAUUUACUACGGAUAUUUUCAUAGAACCGCCAAAACCCGUUAGGAAAAAAUUAUACGGGGAAAUUCAUAGAACCUGCAAAACCGUAGGAAAAAUUUGCUACUGGAUAUUUUUCAUAGAACCUGAACUGUGGAAACAUUGCUUGGAUAAUAUUUAUAGAACCCGCAAAAUGUUGGAAACUAUUGACUACUGGAAUAUUAAUAGAACGCAAAGUUUUGGAAAAAUAUUGAUACGGAUAUUUUUCUAGAAACCCGCAAAAAUGGGGAAAACUAUGAUACUGGAUAAUAUUCAUAGAACCUGCAACCUGUUAGGAAACCAUUGACUACUGGAUAAUAUUCAUAGAACCUGCAACCUGUUAGGAAACUAUUGACUACUGGAUAAUAUUCAUAGAACCUGCAACCUGUUAGGAAACUAUUGACUACUGGAUAAUAUUCAUAGAACCUGCAACCUGUUGGGAAACUAUGGACUACUGGAUAAUAUUCAUAGAACCUGCAACCUGUUGGGAAAAACUACUUGACUAGGGAUAAUAUUCAUAGAACCGGCAACGUUGGGGAAACUAUUUGUACUGGAUAUAUUCAUAGAACCUGCAACCUGUAGGAAACUAUUGCUAUGGAUAAUCUUCAUAGAACCUGGCAACCUGUAGGAAAACUAUGACUUACUGGAUAUUAGUAUAGAACCUGCAACUGUUAGGAAAACUAUGACUACGGAUAAUAUCAUAGAACCGCACCUGUAGGAAAAUAUGACUACUGGCUAUUAUUAUAGAACCUGCAACCGUUAGGAAACUAUUGACUUCCGGAAUAAUAUUCAUUUAGAACCUGCAACCUGUUAGGAAACUAUUGACUACUGGAUAAUAUUCAUAGAACCUGCAACCUGUUAGGAAACUAUUGACUACUGGAUAUUAUUCAUAGAACUCUGUUAUUUGAGUUGUGACCAGUUCUUCUGGUCUUAAGUCAGGUCACAGAAUUCAAAUAACACUGGUUGGGUUAGGGGUUGGUUCCCUGGUUGGGUUAGGGGUUGGUUCCUGGUUGGGUUAGGGGUGUCCUGGUUGGGUUAGGGUUGGUCCCUGGUUGGGUUAGGUUUUGGUAUCCAUGGUGGGUUAGGGUUGGUCCUGGUUGGGUUAGGGUGGGUUCCCUGUGGGUUAGGGGUUGGUUCCAUGGUUGGGUUAGGGUUGUUCCUGGUUGGAUUAGGGGUUGCGUUCCAUGGUUGGGUUAGGGGUUGGGUCCUUGUGGGAGUAAGGGUUGGUCCCGGGUGGGUUGGGUGGUUCUGGUUGGUUAGGGGUUGGUUCCUGGUUGGGUUAGGGAGUUGGUCCUGUUGGUAGGGGGGUGGUUCCCUGUUGGGUUAGGGGUUGUUUCCUGGUUGGGGUAGGGGUUGUUUCCCUGGUUGGGUUAGGGGUGGUUCCUGGUGGGUUAGGGGUUGGUUUUCCUGGUGGUUGGGGUGGUCCUGGUUGGGUUAGGGGUGGUUCCCGGGUUGGGUUAGGGGUUGGUUCCUGCUGGGUUUAGGGGUGGUUCCAUGCUUGGGUUAGGGGUUGGUUCCUGCUUGGGUUAGGGGUUGGUUUCCAUGGUGGGUUAGGGGGUGGUUCCGCUUGGGGUUGGGGUGGUCCCUGCUUGGGGUUAGGGGUUGGGUUUUUUUUUUUUUUUUCCCCUGGCUUGGUUGGGUUUAGGGGUGCGUUCCAUGGUUGGGUUAGGGUUGGUUUCCAUGGUUGGGUUAGGGUUGGUCCCUGUUGGGUUAGGGGUUGUUCCUGGUUGGGUAGGGUUGUUUCCCUGGUUGGUUAGGGAGUUGGUACAUGUGGGUAGGGGUUGCGUUACCUGCUUGGGUUAGGGGUUGGUUCCCUGCUUGGGUUAGGGGUUGGUUCCCUGCUUGGGGUAGGGGUUGGUUCCCUGGUUGGGUUAGGGGUUGGUUCCCUGGUUGGGUUAGGGGUUGGUUCCCUGGUUGGGUUAGGGGUUGGUUCCCUGGUUGGGUUAGGGGUGGUUCCCUGGUUGGGUAAGGGGUGGGUACUGCGUUGGGGUUAGGGUUGGUUCCCUGGUUGGGUUAGGGUGUUGGUUCCCUGGUUGGUUAGGGUGGUUGCCUGGGUUGGGUGAGGGGGUGGUUCCUGGUUGGGGGUUUAAAGGGGGGUUCCCUUUCCUAGGGUUGUCACUGCCCUUUCAAGGCUUUUAAAGGUUAAAGAUGUUUUAGGUGUUGGGUUUGGGGUUUUUAAGGGGGUGGGCUGGGGAGUCACCAGAAGAAGCACCCCCCUGGUCAGCCCGACCCAAAUUUGGCCUAACCUCAGGUGGGGGGGCUCGGCUGGAGCCCCCCCUUCCACCGGAUGCCGCCCAGGGGGCACCCCCCAUUGGGGCCGGGCCCCCCGGGGACCCCGUACGGAAAACAAACAAACACACCCCUACGGUACACACCACCCCAAAACACACACCCUAGUAAACAAAAACACCAAAAAACCAAUACGACAAACCCCAAAAAAACCACCACGUUACAACAACAAACACACCUAGGCCACAAAAAACCCAAAAGGACAACCACAAACCCUAAAGGAAACAAAAACACAAACCCUACGUUACCAAAAACAACAUUUGGACAACAAAAAACCACCUACGGUACAACCAACCACAAACCCAGUACCCCCCACAACCAAAACCACACCACCCCAAACACACACACCAGGGACACACACAAACCAACACUACCCAAAAACACAACACCAACCCUGUAAACCCAAAACCCCAAAACAAACCCACCAAACCCCCAACCCCAACCACAAACCCUACUACACAAAACACCACACACACCCCUACGAACCCACCACAACACCUUCUACAAAACCAAAAAAACAAAAAAUAGGACAACAAAAAAACCCCAGGUAAAACAACAAAAACCCUAGGAAAAAAAAACACGGGAACAUACAAGACACUAUUAAUAGGAAAAAACCGACAAAACCGACGAUAAAUCAAACACAUACCGUCACCAACACAAACACACCACACCACACCACCCUACGGUACAACACACCACAUACACCACCCUAGGUCACACACACCAACAAACAAACCACCCCACGGUACACACACCACACACAUACCCACCCUACCCUAACAUUGUCAUAACUUACUUAAACGUCUUUGAACCCAUCACUGACUACCAUUAACCUUUUUACCUUAACUACAUUAGCAACUGACUUAGAACGGUUGACAUCUAGAACGUGGACUUGGGAACGUGAAUUGAACUGUUGACAUCUAGAAUUCCUUGACUUAGAUACUGCAUAGCAAUAUCCUACCCUUUGGAGUUGUUGAGCGUGACAGGUUGAAUAAUGACUAGAUUAUAUGAAAAGAUAAAUAGAGAUAUCUAAAUACAUCGAUAGUCUAAUUAAUAUCACUUAGGUAAUAUAAGAGGAUAGAGUGACAUUGAUAUAUUAGAUAAUAGAAUAGUUAUAUGGUAAUAUUAUAUGCUUCUGUACCUUCUCAGUGGAUUAGUUAUAGGUAGAAGUCUAUUGUAAUCAUUAUCGAGUAUAUAUGUCUCUUGGUAGUUGUAGGUAUGAGUAUAGUGAUAUAAUGUUCAUUGUAAAUGAUGUAGAUGAUGACUAGUAGUAUAUCGAAUAGUAUAGAGUGUCUCAUAGUCUCUCUCUCUCGGCCUCGAUCAUUUGAUUGCUUUGGGAUCAUGUUCUCUCGUAAUUGUCUAUUCUGUCUCUGUAGUACUGUUACUAUUGUUUGCUCUGCUGUCUCUCGUCGCUGCUAUCUCGUCUCUGUCUUCUGGUAUCUCUCUUCUCUCUGCUCUGUCUCUCUCGCUCUAUGUCUGCUCUCUCUAUGUCUCUUCUCUUCUCUAUCUCUCUCCUUCUCUCUCUCAUCUCUCUCUCUCUCCUCCCCCAGGUUUUAGGCCCCUCCCCCCUGCACCAGGCCCUCCCCCCCUACCAGCUGGCUAGAGACCCCCAAUCAGGACAGCUGAUGGUUAUAACCACAGACCAUAUACCACACUAUGGUACGACGUAGAUAGAUGGCUGGGGGUGUGUGUGUAACUGUGUAACUGUUUUUUGUCAGGCGUAACACCUACAUUGCGUCCACCCCCUGCAGGAGGAGACGUGUUGGAUGGUGGUGGCGCCCCCGUGUGGCCGGCGGUGUAUGGAGCAGGCAGUUCUCUGCAGCACGCCGCUCAGCUCCAGAUGCUGUCGCAACAACAGAUGCUGAGGCAACAUGAACUGAUGAUCAUCCAACAACAUGCCGCUCAGGUCCUGGAGCUGCAGAGGAACGCUCAACUGGUGGUGAGGAUUCACGCCUAAUACACGCAUAAUACACGCCUAAUACACGCCUAAUACACGCCUAAUACACGCCUAAUACACACAUAAUACACACCCGAUAUACACCCAAUACACACCCGAUACACACCUAAUAUAACCCAAUACACACAUAAUUACACACGCCUAAUACACACCCAAUAUACACCCGAUGUACACCAAUAUACACCUAAUACACACCCAAUACACACCCAAUGCGCACCCAAUGUGCAUCCAAUACUGCCCAAUACACACCAAAUACACACCUAAUAUAACCCAAUACACACAUAAUACACACACAAUACACAUCCAAUACACAUAUAAUAUGCACCUAAUGUAACCCAAUCCAAGUCCAAUACAUGCAUGACACACGCCCAAUACACGCCAAUACACACCCAGUACACACACAUUAUACACCUAAUACACACCUAAUACACACCCAAUACACACCCAAUACACGCCCAAUACACGCCUAAUGUACACAUAAUACAAACCCGACUGUUGAUUAUCAGCACCCAAUACACACCCAAUACACACCCAAUACACACCCAAUACACACAUAAUACAACCCAAUACAACCCAAUACACACCCAAUUCAUACAUAAUACAAACCUGACUGUUGAUUAUCAACUGGUGCUGAGGAUACACAGACACACACAACACACACACACACACACACACACACACUGCCCGUAAACACAGUGUUACCCCCCCCCCCCCCCCCCCCUCUCUGCUGUAGGAGCGUCUGAAGGCCAGUGAACAGAGGGCGGCGCUGGAAGACAAGACGGAUAAGAGGAGUUCCGAGCCCAAACCCCGCCCCUCGCCACGCCCCACUCCCUCCCCCUCCCUCCACUCCCAUAAAACUCCCCUCCGUUCGCCUCCCCCCUCCGCCUCCUCCGUCACCCCCCUGCCCUCCCCCAGGCCCGCUCUCAAACACCAGGAGGUCCGGAGAGAGGGGUCUCACCCCUCCUCUCCCCUCCCUCGCACCGCCGCCCCACGCUCUGCCUCCCCCCUGAGACCCAAGCAGGACGCUGACGAGGGAGAGGAGGGGGGGAGAGAGAGGGGGGAGAAACAGAUCACCGCCCCCUUUCACAGAAUCUACCCAGGUGAGCCUCCUGUUAUAUUCUGUUAUAUUCUGUUAUGUUAUAUUCUGUUAUGUUAUAUUCGUUAUAUUCUUGUUAUGGUUAUAUUCUGUUAUGUUAUAUUCUGUUAUGUAUAUUCUGUUAUAUUCUGUUAUGUUAUAUUCUGUUAUAUUCUGUUAUUAUAUUAUGUAUAUUCUGUUAUGUUUCUAUUUGUUAUAUUCUGUUAUGGUAUUAUGUUGUUAUAUUCUGUAUAUUCUGGUAUGUUAUAUUCUGUUAUAUUCUGUAUGUUUAUAUUCUGUUAUAUUCUGUUAUAUUUGUUAUAUUCUGUUAUAUUCUGUUAUGUUAUAUUCUGUUAUAUUCUGUUAUAUUCUGUUAUGUUAUAUUCUGUUAUAUUCUGUUAUAUUCUGUUAUAUUCUGUUAUAUUCUGUUAUGUUAUAUUCUGUUAUAUUCUGUUAUAUUCUGUUAUAUUCUGUUAUAUCUGUUAUAUUCUGUUAUAUUCUGUUAUGUUAUAUUCUGUUAUAUUCUGUUAUGUUAUAUUCUGUUAUAUUCUGUUAUGUUAUAUUCUGUUAUAUUCUGUUAUGUUAUAUUCUGUUAUAUUCUGUUAUGUUAUAUUCUGUUAUAUUCUGUUAUAUUCUGUUAUGUUAUAUUCUGUUAUAUUCUGUUAUAUUCUGUUAUGUAUAUUCUGUAUAUUCUGUUAUAUUCUGUUAUAUUCUGUUAUAUUCUGUUAUGUUAUUAUUCUGUUAUAUUCUGUUAUAUUCUGUUAUAUUCUGUUAUAUUAUAUUCUGUUAUAUUCUGUUAUAUUCUGUUAUAUUAUAUUCUGUUAUGUUAUAUUCUGUUAUAUUCUGUUAUAUUAUAUUCUGUUAUAUUCUGUUAUAUUAUAUUCUGUUAUGUUAUAUUCUGUUAUAUUCUGUUGUUAUAUUGUUAUAUUCUGUUAUAUUCUGUUAUAUUCUGUUAUAUUAUAUUCUGUUAUAUUCUGUUAUAUUCUGUUAUAUUCUGUUAUGUUAUAUUCUGUUAUGUUAUAUUCUGUUAUAUUAUAUUCUGUUAUGUUAUAUUCUGUUAUAUUCUGUUAUAUUGUUCUGUUCUCUAUAUACAACCAGUCUGUUCAGAUACACCAUUGCUAGAUGAGAGGGAUCAUGUGUAUUAUUUAUCUGACCCUGUGUGUGUGUGUGUGUGUGUGUGUGUGUGUGUGUGUGUGUGUGUGUGUGUGUGUGUGUGUGUGUGUGUGUGUGUGUGUGUGUGUGUGUGUGUGUGUGUGGGGACAGAUAUCACCCCUGGUUAUCCUUACCAGUCCAUCACCGCUCCGUUCGGCGCCCCAUUCCCCCCCCGCCCCCUCACCCAACCAGCGGGGUUGAACACACACCCCCCGGUCUCCACCCUGCCGCGGGCCACAGCUCCAGACGUGAAGCCUCGGGGCCCGGAGCUCCGGCCGGACCAGGGGACCUCGCUGAAGCGUGACCCCGACCAGGAGCCACCCCAGCUGGGCAUGAGUCCCGCUGCCCUGGGCCCUCUGCUCCAGACGUCCGGCCCUCUGACCCUCAGCCACGUAGAGAGGGACGGAGAGCCAAGCCUCAAACACACGCAUCUCACCCACACGCACACGCAGUUACACACACAUCCCAGCCUCAAACACACGCAUCUCACCCACACGCACACGCAGUUACACACACCACACGCCAGCCUCCCCUCAGCCCCACAGCCCUGCGCUCCUCUACCUCCCACACACCCACAAGAACGACAGACCGAGGAAGAGGAGGAAGAGGAGGAGGAGGAGGAGGCAGGAGCGGUCAAGACGGAGGUGUCGACCUACGGCUGCCGAGCAGCCUACCAGCUUCCGCCGUCCGUCCCGGAGAAGGUGGAGAUUAAACCAGAGGUCACGAAGAAGUUGAGCCCCGCCCGUUACCCAUCAUGCACCACCACGGCAAGCUCAGAGCGACUGACCUUUAGACCGAGCCCCGACACACACCCUCAUACGUCCUCUCCUCCCCCUCUCUCUCCCAGCCCUCCCCCUCCCUCCCCCUUAAACAUCGUCCCUGAGGAUCCCAUGGCUGGGAUGAUCGCACUGCUGGCUGCCAGUCAGAUGACCCAGGCUGCCCCCCCUGUCCUCCUACCCAGCCUGCUCCAGACAGAGGCCUCCCUGGGGAGAGACGUGGCCAGCCCUGGGUGUCUGGAGGCCUGGGCUAUGGAGGGGAUGGCUCUACUCAGCCACAUGGCCUCACUGGAAAUGGACAGAAUACAGCUGGAGCAGGGUGAGGAGAUGGAGGAGGGGAGGGGUGGGAGGAGAGAGGGGUGGGAGGAGGAGAGGGGUGGAGGAGGAGAGGGGUGA